AUGGGAAGUUCAAUUGGGGCGAGGCAAUGGCCUCGACUCAUAUAUGCAAUAGCACUUUGCACAAUUGCUUUUAGUACUUUUGCUACUGCUGAUGAUGAUACGCCUUACUAUGGAGGCCAAUAUCCAUACAACUAUCCCCAACCACCCUACACUUACAAACCACCUUCAUAUAACAACUAUCAAUCUCCACCUCCAUAUGCUUAUAAAUUUCCUCCAUAUAAUUAUCAAUCUCCUCCUCCCUACGACAAUAAAUUCCCUCCGUAUUACAAUAAAGUUCCACCAUCUCCAUACGUCGACAAAUUUCCUCCAUAUUAUAAUAAAGUUCCACCAUCUCCUUAUGUCGACAAGUUCCCUCCAUAUUACUAUAAAUCUCCACCGUCUCCUUAUGUCGACAAAUUUCCUCCAUAUUACUAUAAGUCUCCGCCUCUACCUUCUCCAUCACCACCACCUCCUUAUGUUGACAAAUUUCCACCAUAUUAUUACAAAUCUCCUCCUCCACCAUCUCCAUCACCACCACCUCCUUAUGUCUACAAAUCACCUCCACCUCCUCCAUAUGUUUACAACUCACCACCUCCUCCUCCAUAUAUCUACAAAUCUCCACCUCCACCACCAUAUGUCUAUAAUAGUCCACCACCCCCAUAUGUGUACAAGUCACCACCUCCCCCACCUUAUAUAUAUCCGUCACCUCCAUAUAUUUACAAGUCUCCACCCCCUCCUUCACCUUCUCCUCCACCACCAUAUGUCUAUAAAUCACCUCCACCUCCAUCCCCUUCACCUCCUCCUCCAUAUGUCUAUAAGUCACCACCUCCACCAUCUCCGUCACCACCACCUCCAUAUGUUUACGAGUCUCCACCUCCACCAUAUGUCUACAAGUCUCCACCACCACCUCCAUAUGUUUAUAAGUCACCUCCGCCACCUUCACCUUCACCACCUCCUCCAUACUACUAUAAGUCUCCACCCCCACCAUCCCCUUCACCUCCUCCACCUUAUGUUUAUAAGUCACCACCACCCCCAUCACCUUCACCACCUCCUCCAUAUGUCUACAAGUCACCACCCCCUCCAUCUCCUUCACCACCCCCUCCAUACGUCUACAAGUCUCCACCCCCACCAUCUCCUUCACCACCACCACCAUAUGUGUAUGAGUCUCCACCUCCACCAUAUGUUUACAAAUCGCCGCCUCCACCUUCCUAUGUUUAUAACUCUCCUCCAAAACCUUACAUUUAUCCAUCACCAACUCCAUCUUAUCCUUCACCAACUCCUUACAUUUAUAAGCCUCCACCCACGCCAUAUAAUCCAUAUUUAUAUAGUUCACCUCCUCCCCCCUUGUAUUAA